AUGGCGAAAUACAAGCCUGUGUGUUAUUACAUCAUGAACAAUGGUUGUGUGGAGAAGCAAAAUGCUUUCUUCGAAAGGCCAAAUGAGUCGAUGAAAGUCCAUCUAAAACCUAUGUUUAUCAGAGGUGAAGUAGAAAAUGUAGGGGUAAAUAAUAUCCUCGUGGAUGAUGGAGCGGCAAUGAACUUAAUGUCGUAUUACAUGCUAAAAAGGUUAGGCAAAGAUGACACCGACACAAAGCCCCACAACAUGGUUCUCUCGAACUAUGAAGGGAAAUUCGGAACUACAUUAAGGGUGAUACAAGUUGACCUCAAUAUCAGCACAAUAACAAGGCCUACAUUGUUCAUGGUAAUAGCAUUAAAAGCCAACUAUAAUUUGUUGAUGGGUAGGGAAUGGAUUCAUGGCAUAGGCGCAAUACUCUCUUUGAUGCACCAGAGGGUCACCAUCUAG